UUAUAAGUUUUUUUCUAUACAGGAUUUUGAAAACUGUCAAAAGCACAAAAAUAAUUGAUGAUCCAGUAUACAAAAAUUGUCAUAAAUUGGUAACUGUUUGUCAUACAGAGCUGUUUUUGAUUCAUUUUUUCUCUCUUGUAAGGUUGCAAGAGAAGCAACCUUACAAGAAAAAAACUUUUAUCAGUUUUCAAAAAUUUUGUUAAAUUCAGACAUUUAACCAGCUUACAUCCAAAUUUUUGUUACGGGAGUACCACUUUUCCAGUAAUGCACAGUGAAAAUGGUAUGACUAUGGAGCAUUUGUCAGAAAAUGAAUUAAAAAUUUUCCACAUUUCUUACGUACAGUAUUGUAGCAAUGUGUUGACGGCAGCAUAGCCCGGUAGGUGAGAUCCUCAGUUACUCUGCUGCACGUUGCAGGUUGGAAUCGUGCUUUUUUUAUUUGUAACAAAGAAAAAUUAGUAUAAAAUUAGGUGGUACGUACUUAAAAGUUUCUUUUUUGUCUACUCUCGAGGUACUCGUACAGCAACACUAGGAGUUGAGAAUGUCGUGCAAUGUAAAAUCAUUGGCAAUCAUCACAUAGCUAGCUCAUAUCGUGAUGAAACGGGGGCACCAGGCAUCGUCGUGGGAGUUAGCAUCGAUGGAAAACCCGUGUGGCAAGAAGGUUUGGGAUACGCAGACAUCGAGAACAGGGUACUUUGCACAGAAGACACUGUAAUGAGAAUAGCCAGCAUCAGCAAGAGCAUCACCAUGAUAGCGGUGGCAAAACUGUGGGAAGAAGGGAAAUUAGAUUUAGAUAAACCGGUGCAAGAGUACGUACCAUACUUUCCCAAGAAGACGUACGAAGGCAAAAAGGUCGACAUCACCUGCCGUCACCUGGUUUCUCACCUGAGUGGAAUCAGACAUUACGAGAAAAACGUUAAGAAGGAACAGGAGAAAUUGGAUAGUGUUUCCUCAAAAUUUUUGUACUACAAAUUCUUAAAGGAAGACAAGGAUAAUAAAAAUAAAUCCAUAAAAGAAAGUCAGGAGGAAUUAGAAAUGAAAGAAUAUUUCAUUAAAGAUAAAUACGAGAACGUAAAGUCCGCCUUGGAUUUAUUCAAAGACGAUCCUUUAAUUCAUAAACCAGGAACCAAGUUCUUAUACACCACGCACGGCUGGACUCUAGUAAGUGCCAUGGUGGAAGCCGUCGUCAAAGAACCCUUUGAUGUGUACAUAUGUAAACUGUUCAAAGAAUUAGGGCUGACAAAAACCUAUUUAGAUGUUAACGAACCCAUUAUCUAUCAUAGAUCGAGACACUACUGUAAAGACAAAAAGGGGAAAGUGCAAAACACGCCUUAUGUUGACAACUCGUACAAGUGGGCUGGCGGUGGUUUUCUUUCCACGGUCGGCGAUCUGUUAAAAUUUGGAAACAUCAUGCUGUACAGCCUGCAAUACACAGACGAAAAUGAAGACAUGGGAAAGAUUUCCAAAGAAAUGGGCGAAAAACAGAAAACAAAAACUGAAUCGCCCUUGCCGGAAAAGUGCAAAAAUUCCACUUCCACAGAAAACCAGGAUAAAUCUUCCAUGGAAAGCCGACAGAUGGAUGGGUGCGGAUGUAAGCUGAGGGGUUACUUGAAGCGAGACACGGUAAAGAUGCUGUGGACCCCAGUGGAAAACACAGAAAGGCCCCAUGAACCGGAACUGAGAUACGGAAUGGGUUGGAGUGUGGUGUCACAUAAGCAGGAUUAUGGUUACUGCAGGGAACAAAAGUUUAACGCGUCGCACACCGGUCUGGCAGUGGGCGCCUGCAGUAUUCUUCUAAUACUUCCACGCCAGUGUCGGGGGGGCACGGAUGCAGUCGACUGUAAGUGGGACCACCCACCCCAGGGGACGGUGAUUGCCUUGGUAUCCAAUCUGCAGGGCGUCGGCCUGAGAAAAGUCGCCACGGAAAUCGCCACAUUGUUCGACGGAAUUCAUUAAUUGUUCCAUUAUUGUUUUUACCACAUUCUAAAUGGCGUCGCGUAAUUACAUGUGGUCGAAAUUGUCUUUCCGGUAAUCAAAACGUUAGGAGGAACACAAAGAUCAAAAUAAAUUGUUCCAAAUUCUGUUAUGGCUAAUUACCAAAUUGUUACCAGUUUCCUCACAAUAAGAAAUUUAUAACACUAGAAACGUCAGAGGCGUUUAUGUGAAACGUAAAGAACGGCACAGUUUUCUUUUUUGUUUCAGACCACAUUGAAAUUUUGAUAUUUACAUACUUCAUCAAAGUUUAUUGUUCCGUUAAUGCACGUUAAUGUUUUGCCUCUAGAUGUUUAGCCAUUGUUAUAGCAUUGUGUGUUGAUAAUGCUUAUAGUUGUUCUUGUUAUAAGCUUUUAAAAAGAAAAAAAAAAAACGAAAAGUUGUGAUGUAAUCGUUAACGGUUUGUUAGUAUAAAUAUCUGAAAUUUUGAAAAUUUUAUCCAUUUCACUGGAAGAUUAAUUGAGAAAUCGUCAGAAUUCUAUAAAUGUUUUUGUAUAGAAAUUUUUAACUCACUGCCAGAAAUGUCAUGUUAUUAGUUUGUACCAUUGACGGAAAAAAAUAAUUCCUUGUUGAUAAAUCUUUUGACUACAAAUUAUAUAAUUAAUGUGUGAAGUUCAUUCGUUUAAAGUAACAAGACCUCGAUUCUAGGACUUUAUGUAAACAAUAAUGUGUAUACUCGUUUGGGAUCAUUCGCAUUAGUCAAGUUACUUGCAUUGGAGUUAGUUUGUUGGCAAGUAACUCGAAUCAGGCAGAUUUUAAAAAUGGCAUCGAGCGAGUAAUGCAUGCUGGAAUUUCAACAACUGAAAUUGUUAACAAAUUAUUAACAAUCUUGGAAAGUUAUGAUAAACUGAAAUGGUUAAUAUGGAGGAGCAGAAGAAAUCGCCUCGGUGAAUCUGCAACUCUUAACUAUUUUAAGAGUCGCAGAUUCACCGAGGCGAUCAGAAGAUAAUGUGCCUCCUGUUAUUUUGUGUGUUUAUCCUAUGGGCAAAAGGGGGCAAUUGCCUGGAGGACACCACCAACACGGGGCAUCAAAUCAAUCUUUUGUAAGAAAAUUGUCCAAGGUUAAUACAGUACGUGGGGUCCCCAAAUUCAAAUUUGCCAGGCCCCACAAAGUUAUAACGAGCUGUUGCAAAAUAAUCCAAGAAUAAAAGUAGAAAUCAUACUCAAGUUGGAAGAACGUCAAUGUACGGUACUUGAAAGAAUAUUUUGAGUCAGAUUCAUAUUGGUCAAGUGGUUUCAGACCACUUGAAUUCAGGUAACCGACUAAUGUGAAUGAGCCCUUUGGCUUUCGACAGAACCGGUGAUUUCAUAUACAAAAUCAAAGGGCUUAUUUUCACCACCCAAUAUAUUGUAAUUACAAUUGGAAAUAACACACAAAAUGAAAAAUGAAUCUGGUUCCUGUUGUUUAAUAUGAUUCGAGUCCAUAGAAUCGAGGUCUUGAAUAUGCCGAAUCAAAUUCUCGAAACAAUCGGUGGUACACAGUCUACCAUUACUGACAAUUGAGUAUUAGAACUAGUGUUAUAUAAAAAAAAAUAAUAAAUUCAGUGUUUUUGGACCUACAAUCUGGAUUGUAACUUUUGUUUUUUUCCGAAGCAAAAGCAAUAAAAAUAAAUGCUACAAUAAAAACAGUGUUGCUGUAUUACGACAAUCUUCCAAACUGCUUGUGACAAUUAAAUGUAACGCAGUGCUCAAUUACAAUAAAUCUUUGUUGUUCGGCAAAAGUUGUAUAAAAAAAUUUAUUUCAAAUAUACAACAUUCAAUACUAUUUGUUGUUAAAUUACAAUUUAUUUAUAAAUUCCAACAAAAUUUUCCUUUUUGUAUAAUGAUG